ACGGUAGGCCACAUAGGGAAGUUCCCGACUGCCAACAGUACAGCAAAGGCAACGCCCCGUUUUCUCCAGCGCUGCCAUGGUGGUUGUUUUUUAAAAAUAGACUCCCUGCAGUUACAAUACGGUCUAACAGUAGCUACAUAUUAAUAUAAGAAUAAUGCAUAAACUCAACAACAAGUCUGCGCAGGAGAUAAGCGACCUGCUUGACGAGUACGGGAUAAAACACGGGCCAGUUGUCGAGUCUACCCGAAAUCUGUACAUGAAGAAACUUAGAGAAGCAAUGGUCAACCCUAAACGAGCUGCACCAUCGGACAAAACCUACUACAGAGAAGAAGAGGAAGAAGUUACAUACCUUUACAGAACACCUACCCGGAGUAAUGUUCCAGAGGACAAUAGGCUUCACAUGAGGUCAAGACCAGAGUGGACUGAAAGAGAAACUGAACAAGAACACUACACUUACAACAAAGGAUAUCCGUACACUAACUCAACACCCAAAACAUCUAGAGAGGCUCCUCCAGAACCCGAGUCAACCCGCUUCAUCCCACUCUGGGUCCAAUUGGUGUUCUUCCUCAUUGCAGCGGUGUUCCUCUACCUUGUCUUCUCCAGUAUGGAGACGAAUGCAUACACCAAUAAGUUGCACUAAUUCUCAUAAGUAAGAAAAAAACUCAAGUCCGGUUUAUUGGGCUGUUUUACUUAAAGAUGACAUAUAUAUUUUAUCCCAAAAUGUUUUAUUUUGUUUAAUGAUGUCUUUGUAACCUAAGUAAGUGUCCAAAAUGUGUCACAAAGCUUCUUCAUUGUGCAAAAUCUUUGCAUGAAUGUAGAGCUCAUUGGUAUUUUUCAUUGUUUUCACACUUUAUACUCUUUGACUAUUUCCAAACAAACACAAGUGCCUAAGUGGUUAAGGAAGGAAAAGCAUGUAAUUAUAAAAUGUUCUGUGUUGUUGUGUCAGGAAAAGUAAAGCAUUUGUUACACUGUAUCAAUAAUUCAGGUGUUUUGAUACAAAACUAUUAAUGUGGCUUGAUUAUUUUUGUUACUGCAUGAUCACAAGUAUGCAAACAACACAUAAUGUUUUAACUAAUAGCAAAAGAAGGAAAAAAACUGUGUGCAAUGUGAUGAAGCUCUAAUAUUUCAUAUAAUACUGAAUUAAACACCUUUCAAUGCAUUGAACUCAACAA